UGCAGAAGACAGGAUAAUCUUGUUUAUUGAGCAUGGGCUUUCUUAUCUCUUCCUUUUCAAGAUACAUAACUUUACCAGAAAUUGUUCUGUUCUGUUGUGUUCUUCUUCUUAACAAGUUUCCAUGGCUUCCAUUGGAAUUACUGCUUUUACAGUUACUCUCAGGGCUUGCAGCUCCAACCACCAUCUCACCAAGAAACGGCGCCCACCAGCAGCGGCGAGUGUUGUCACUAAUGUUGAAACCAUUGGAAAGCAAGAGAGUGCGACAAUUCUGAUGGAAGAUCCUUUGAAGGAGCACGAGAAUCCGGUGCAGCAUUUGGAUGGGCCUUCGCCCCCGAGAUUCUUCAAUGAGAGAUGGAAGAACGGGACGUGGGAUCUCAACAUGUUCGUGAAGCAGGGGAGAAUGGAUUGGGAUGCGGUCAUCGUUGCAGAGGCGAGGAGAAGAAAGUUCCUUGAAGCGUAUCCGGAAGCUUCGACAAACGAAGAACCUGUGAAGUUCAGAAGCUCGGUCAUCCCGUUAUGGGCGUGGAUCGUUCAUUCCCAUCUCCCGGAGGCUGAACUACUUAACGGUCGAGCUGCAAUGGUGGGAUUUUUCGCGGGGUAUGUUGUGGAUGCUUUGACGGGGCUCGACAUGAUCGGACAGGCCGGGAAUUUUAUUUGUAAGCUUGGGUUGUUUGCGGCAGUGAUAGGUGUGAUGGUUGUGCGGAGGAAGGAAGAUGUUGACAACGUUCGAAAAUUAGUCGAUGAGGCAACUUUUUACGACAAGCAAUGGCAAGCGUCGUGGAAAAAGAGCGAAGAUGAAAAUGUUGUCGAAAACACGAAGGGUGAUUGACAAUUGGGUCGACCUCAAAUCUUCGAUGUAUUUUGAAAUUUGAUCUUUUUUUUAUUUUAUAUAUAUAUAUAUAUAUA